GUUUCCUUGAUCUUAGUCCCCAACAUUAUGCUCGAAGCACCUCGAAAGCGAGCGCGGGACGAGGACGAUGACAAUGAUAGCGCAGAGCAGCAACGCCAGCGCCGCAAUCCACACGACAUAGCCUUAGACAAUAAUGACAAUGAUAAUGACAAUGUUAAUACUGAUAGCAGCGAUGAUGAGGACACGAUGGAGAGUGAUGCGAUGCGCAACGCAUGCUUUGCUCCAACGUACGAGCAGUCGAACGACCCGGCGCCGACCAAGCACGCGCCGCUCGAGACACCUCACCAAGACGAUGCUGCUGGCCAAGCGGACGAGGGAGCCAUGGCCAGCAGGCAGCAGCACGCGCGGCCCAUCAUCUUGGGCGCUCAGACCAGGCUUGCAUUGAAUCAACUCAAUCCGCCGCCGCCUCCUCCGCCGCCGCCUCCUCCGCCGCCGCCUCCACCAUUGGAAACAAGCAACAAGAGCGAUGACCAAGAUGAAUCAAGCGAAGGAUCUGGCGAGAAUUCGACGGACGACGAAUCGGACUCGGAUGAAGAGCUCGCAAUCGCACGAGCGCAAUUGGCUGAACAGCGCGCCGCGGAAGCGCAGCAGGAGCAACAUCAAGAAGCGGUCGAUGAGAAUCCAGAUGCACCGGAAGCCGAGGUCAAGUCCGAUCUCGGUCCGGAACCGUCAGAGUCGGUGCCGGAAACUCAGACUUUGGUCGAACGUGCGUCGCCUCCCCUGAAUAUUCCAUCGUGGAUGUUGCCGCCGAACGACGUGGUUGCGCUGCCGACUCAGCUCAAGGAACUCGAGAUUAUCGAGAAGACCGCUCGUGCCGUUGCCGUGCAGGGAACGCAGCUCGAGAUUGUCAUCAAGACCAAGCAACGCAGCAAUCCGCUGUUUGGCUUUUUGUUGUUUGAUCACCCGCUCAAUCCGUUCUACAAGCACCUGUUGCAGUUAAUCAAGGGUCCAUCCAGUGAAGCCAAUGCGUUGCAGAAAGGGCCGCAGCAGGUCCCAGGACCCGUCGCUACUCCCGUGCUCCCUGCUGCUUCCGUUUCUGCCUCGUCGACAGGAGCGUCUGGCGUACCACAUUUUAUGCAAGCUGCGAGAUUGCCGGUGGUUGCAUUGGCUCCCCAAGUGAAACCCCUAUCAGCACCAGCACUCAUCCCAACUACCUUACAAUCCGCAGCAGUUCCCGCUCCAGUCCAGCCUGUUCCAUUGUCCGUCAGUGCACCUCCACUACCGCCGAGCAUGGACGACACUCCGCCGCCCCACAUUCUCGAAAUCGUUCGCAAAACAGUGCCAUUCGUGGCGCGAAACGGAAUUGAGUUUGAGGCCACACUCUCGUCCCGCAAUGCAAACGACGCCCGCUUUGACUUUCUCAACCCAUGGAACCCUUAUCACGGCUACUACCGUCGAGCUCUCGAGCAAGAGAUGCGGCACGCUUAACGACCGACCGGGGCGUGGUGGUGGUGGAGAAGAGGCGUUCGCCCGGACGGCGCUGCUUUUCUCGUGCGUACCUGAAUGGCGUUGAGUCUUUUGAGCGCGUCGACGCUCCUGCUGAGAGAAGCCCCAAAAGUACGGUUUGAACGAUUCCAUCAUCCGUGCAUCUUUGCGCCGUCCCCUGUGGCCAGCAAGAAGCGCGCGCUGUUCCGUUUGUGUCUGG